AUGGAGAGCGAUGAAUCUAAAGGUGGGGGUGGAGGUGAAGGAGCAGUGUUAAAAGGAGUUCCGGCCCGUGGUGCAUACGGCAUCGUUUGUUGUGCUAAAGAUUCUGAAGCAAAGGAAGAUGUUGCAAUCAAGAAAAUUGGGAAUGCAUUUGAUAACAGUAUUGAUGCCAAGAGGACUUUAAGGGAAAUCAAACUCCUCUGCCAUAUGGAUCAUGAGAAUAUCAUCAAAAUCAAAGACAUCAUACGCCCACCAAAUAAAGAAAACUUCAAUGAUGUUUACAUUGUGUAUGAAUUAAUGGACACCGAUCUGCAUCAAAUCAUCCGCUCUACUCAAGCACUAACAGAUGACCAUUGUCAGUAUUUUUUGUACCAGUUACUUCGUGGGCUGAAAUACGUACACUCUGCAAAUGUUUUACACCGUGAUUUAAAACCAAGCAACUUGCUUUUGAAUGCUAAUUGUGAUUUAAAGAUUUGUGACUUUGGGCUUGCAAGAACAACAUCUGAGAGUGAUUUCAUGACAGAAUAUGUUGUGACAAGGUGGUAUAGAGCCCCUGAGUUGUUGCUUAAUUGCUCAGAGUACACCACAGCCAUUGAUAUUUGGUCAGUUGGUUGUAUUUUAAUGGAGAUUGCUUUGAGGGAGCCUCUGUUUCCUGGUAAAGAUUAUGUUCAACAAUUGCAGCUUAUAACUGAGCUUCUUGGUUCUCCAGAUGACUCGGAUCUUGGAUUUUUGAGAAGUGAGAAUGCUCGGAAGUAUGUGAAACCACUUCCACAUAUACCCUCCAAGACUUUUCAACACAAGUUUCCAAAUUUGUCCCCACUAGUGAUCGAUCUUGCAGAGAAAAUGUUGGUUUUUGAUCCAUCCAAACGCAUAACUGUUGAAGAAGCGCUAAAUCACCCGUUCUUGCAAAGUCUACAUGAGAUAAAUGAGGAGCCGAUUUGUUCGUCUCCAUUUAUGUUUGAUUUUGAGCAAGCAACUUUAAGUGAGGAAGAUGUGAAGGAGCUUAUUUGGGAAGAAACUUUGAAGUUUAAUCCAGAUAGUGAAACUGAAGUGGCUGAGUAAUCUUGAUUCUGAAUUUUUUGAGAUAUUUAUCUCAAAAUUUGUCUUGAGAAUCUUUUUUGUUUUGAUGGAAGUUAUAUGAUAAGUUCUGUUUUUGAAAAGCAGAAGGAUACCAGUGAGUUUCUUGCUUGCAGCCUUGAACCAGAGAAGUAACAACGUAUCAUAUAACAAAUGAUAUGACAAGGCUUCUUUACUGGCUUGUACUUUGUGUAUUAAGAGUUGUAUAUCCAUUUGGAGUUUGUGUUUUUUUGCUUUGCAGAAGGGUCGUGUAUCUGAAUAUGUAGAUCAAUUUUUUGUUAGUUUUCGUUAAAAAGUUUAUUGGUUUGAGUUUAAGUUUUGAAGACAUUUGAAGGG